UGCACCUGCUACUACUACGUGUCUUCUCCUUGAACCACGUUCUUUAUCUUACCUCGAGCGAGGCAACCGGCAGCAGCCUCCGAUGCCAAGGGCCAGUGGGCGCGCGAUGCACCAGCUUCCCCUGGCCGCGCGGCCGCCGGCGCCGCGGUCUCACUGUUCUCGGAGUAGGUCGGCGUGCCGCUGCAGCCUGAAGCAGGCGCCUGCCUCUCUCGCCGUGGCCGCAAGACGGUGCGCGGCCGCGCCGCUCUUGGCCGCGUCUCUCCUCCUCGCCGCCGCCGCGACUCCUGGCAUUCCUGCCGGUACUCCACCAGCGUUUGCCCAAUCCCAAGGCGCGGCGCUGUUCCGGAAGGCGUGCAUCGGGUGCCACGACACGGGAGGGAACAUCCUACAGCCGGGAGCCACCCUCUCCAUGAAGGAUCUUGAGAGGAAUGGAGUUGCCACGGAGGAAGAGAUAUACAACAUUACUUAUUACGGGAAGGGAAGGAUGCCGGGUUAUGGAGAGCAAUGCACGCCGAGAGGGCAGUGUACCUUCGGCCCCCGGCUGCCUGAAGACGAUAUCAAGAUGCUUGCAGCAUUUGUCAAAUCGCAAGCAGAGAACGGGUGGCCAAAGAUCGACGGUGAUGUCGAGUGAUCCGAUUACGGCUGAACACGAGGUGCUAGCUCCAUUUCGCGAGGAGGCUGAAACCAUAACUGUUUAUGAGGUUAAUAUUUUUUUUGACUCGCAAGCAAACCGUAGAACAAUUGUUCUAAAUAAUUUUACAUUAAUAAAAUGAAAAUAGUUAUUCACGUA